GCCGAGAUGAAUUUAGUAAGCCAAGCGAUAGCCGACGGUUCGCGCGCUUUUCUGGCCCACAUGACCCUGUUACAAUCGUAAACAUUAACGUAAACGUGACUGUUUAGUGUUACGGAUUCAUAAUUAUGGGAUUCAGUUAAAGCACGAGAUAAACGCAGAUCAACAAAUCAGAUUAUUUUCAAACCUGUCAACAAGACACUGAUGGGCAGACUUUCGACAAUUACUAUCCCCUAAACUUUAGAAGAAUGGAAUCACUUUGCGUAGACGAACUCCGUUAUACCAGCAGAUCAAACGUGUACGCAAAAUAAACCUAUCAGUGACAAACAGACAGAAAACAGUUAUGAUCUGACAAUGCUUGAACGCUAUGAAGAGAAGAUCAAACACAAGAUGGGAAUCAAUACUAUAGCAAAGUUUCUAGUUAUAAUAUUACUUAGUGUUAAACACAUUCAGUGCAGUGACAAUGACGAUUUUUCGAAACGAAUGAAAAUUAUAGAAAGUCUAUCUGGAAGGUAUUUUAGUGACGUUUAUCAAAAUGGUACUUUUAGGACUGGUAAUGUUUUAUGGGACAAUAUUUUAAAUAAGUGUACGGCUAAGCCUACAGUGAGUUGUUUGCAGAAAAAUGUUUAUUCAUACCUGGAUGAUAGACUGGGUAUGAACGGUGAUGUGGAAGUGACAAGUGGUGUGUGCUUCAAGAAAAAUAGUGUGGACAUUAACAAAUAUAGUAAGGAAGCUAAUACUAUCUACCUCACUGGAAACAAGGAUGAAGAUAAAGGGAGGUACUUGGAAGAAGAAAAUGAAAUUGAGGAUAAUGAACCCGAAUCACCCUUUGAAGAAAUAACAGACGCUCUAUACGACAAGAGUGUCAAAUUCCUGGUGACACAUGACAUGAAGCUGACGUUGCCAGACACGUUCUUCCAAGGAGCAACCCUGAGGGUGUCUCCCAGGGCGCUGACAAAGACGGGAGCGCUGGUGCACUUAGAGUUGGAGCCGAAGGUCGAGGUGCAGGAGAGGAAUGGAGAGGGGAGGUUGUUUUUUAAGAAGAUAAAAAAAUACAUUAAGAAAAAACUAAUAACAGCGGCCAUAGCAAUAAUCUUAGUCAUAAAGCUGAUAGCACUCAAGUUAGUCUUCGUGUUGCCUCUCAUCAUGGGUGUGACGACUGCUAAGAAGAUGUUCCUGAAACUCCUACUGUUCCUCUUCCCAGCGUUAAGCCAUAUCUUCAAGCUCUGCUCUUGGUACCAUCAGAAUUACCACACCACGAAGUACCAUCAUCACCAUCACUUGAUUACUCAUCAUCAUAAGAACCCUCAUCACCCACACCAGGCAGCUUACGGAGCUCAUUCCCCUCACUCCUCGACCGUGGUGGUACGACCUCACAGCCAGGGUCCGCCUCCAUCAUCAGAUAGUUAUGACAACGAAAACUGGCCUCUCUCUGGAGCACCACUAGGCACUGAGUAUAUUAUAGGAGAUAUCCACCGCAACGCAAUAUCGAACUUCAAGCCGACUCUAGGCGACGCUAAUGAUAUCAACGCUUGGGGAUUGGGAAUGCCUCCAGGACCAGCAAUGAACGUAGGUGAAUACGCAGCAAGUAAUAAUGUCGCCCAAACUGUAGCAGCGUCAGCUAACGUACCGCAGAGGAUAGCAGCCACUAAUACUGGAAGACCCGUGGGACCUCCAAAUCCGUAUUAUCGAAAUAACAAGAAAACAACGCCGAAAGACCCUCUGCUAGCUGAAAAGGAAGCACUGAUUCGAGCAGCAGCAAUAGCAGCUCGAGCACCACCUUCUCCGGUCAGGGACGAGAUACUCAGGGUAUCUGCAGUCAAGCUGAAGGAGACGAACAGGAUAAAGGCAGAAACUGAACUUGUCAAGCAGCAACAACAAAUUCUAUCUGCACAAGACCCGGAAACAAUAGCAGCAGAGAAAUUCUACGGGACCUUAGUUGAGACUGUAGAUGGGUUGCUGAGUCAGAUGGGAGCCAAUGACCUUGGAUGUCGAGAGAGAGCAGUCUGUGCUUUGUAUGGGGACCCCUUCAAACAUACGCCGUAUAGCAACCUCGUCUCUGGUCAUCUUAGCAAGGACUCCAACGAGCUCCUACCAGCAGCUGACAGCAAGAUGGCUCUCCACUACUAUAGAUAUGUCCAAGCAGCUCGUGAUGGCCAAGAACAGAAGGAUUGUAACACAACAUACCCCAACUGCAAUGUAGACUUCAAUAGACAAAGAAAAUAAUAACACAUUUAUGGAUUUGAUAUUUCAUGCAAAUUGAUAUGCAUUUGCAUAAUUGACGAGUGAUUUAUAUACUCGCAUAUCUUUUUUGUGCAAAUGAUUUUAAUUGUGUGGCAUUAGUUGUUUUUCUUUGUUGAUUUUUGUACAGGACAAUUUGCACUUUUAGUUGCUCAAACUUAAUUGGUAGUUUGUUUAUUACGAUGUAUUUAAAUUAUUCAAAUUAAUUUAUUAUUGUUACUAAAUGAGCCAUGUUUUUCUAUGUUAGGGUAUCUUUUAUACUUAAGUUAUCAUUUAAUUAGUUACACUGUGUUAAAUUGUCAAAACCCUUUGUCCUUUUUAAAUCAGAAUUAUUAAGGACAAUGAAACACGAAAAAUUACGCAAUUCACUUGUAGGAGUACUCUUGUUUGUAGUUGGUACAGUCAAGCAAAAAAUAAGUGAAAUGAUACUUCUUUUGAGUUAAAAAAAAAAAACAAAACGAUUGUAAAAAAGAUUUUUACUUUAUUUUUUACCAUGACUAAUUUUACUUGACUAUAACUGCGCCCCUUUUCGUUUGUACAGAGACAUUUUAUUUUUAGUAGAUUUCCUACAUUUUGCAUUUACUAAGAUGUUUAGUUAUGACAGCUACGUCCAAAACAUAGUUUUAGUAGCAAGACGUUAUUUAUUUAUUCUUAUAUUUUAACAGCCUUACUUAUAAAAUAAUAAGUUAUACUUAAGAGAUGUUUAAGAAAAAAUCUUACUUAUAAACGUGGCUGAAAUAAAUCAUUUUCUUAGCAAUGUCUUAAAUGAGCUGUCAAAUUAAGUAGCCUCACACCCUUGUUUAACCCGCUAAUUAUCAAAAUGGCUGGAUUCUUACCAGCUGAUUUUUCAUUUCCGGUUUAUUGACAGCUCAACUUUUUAAUUUUAUAUUUUACGGAUGCCAUUGUUGCCAUUACACAACGUUUUGAUGACAAAUAUUUUUUUAAGCUACCAACAUUCCGGUAGUGUUGAGAAAUUAGUAUGUUUUUAUGUCAUUAUCUGUUCAUUACUUAAGACAUGCUUAAGCAACGUUUAUAGGUCAAAAUAAUUUAAUCACUACUUAAGGCUUUAAGUAGUAAUUACUUAAAACAAUGCUUAGAAGAUGAUUUGUUGAUUUUUAUAAGUAAGGCUGUAAGUAUUUAUUCACUGAAGACUGACUUUGAUUGGAUUCAUUAUGGGAACAUUUAAAACCCAUGUUCCAAAAACGAAUAAAGAAACCCGAAAACCCGAAAAAAAUCUCCUAAGUCUGACAAAUACUGUGCCGAAAACCGCAUUAUAAUCGGUUCAGCUAAACGUGAGAUAAUCGGGCACAAACAUACAUACAUGUCAAACCAAGAACCUCCUUUUUAAGUCGGUUAAAAAAGGUGUAUUGUUUUUCAAAAGAUAUUAUGAAUCACUCGAAGUCAGUCAGUAUGAAUCAAUUAAAUUAUUUCUCUAGUUGUAGAACCACCAAGUCACUAGGACAAUAGUAUUUAUUUAAUUUAAAUAUAAUUAAACUGCUCAAUGAAAUUCAGUAAAUAAUUUAUUGUUUUAAAUUAACAUAAUCGAUUGUUAUUUUUAUUUUUGUAGAUAAUUGUAUUUAUAUUUGGUUUUAAAUAUAUUUUAACAAUU